CUUCACUGCGGUUGUCACAAAAAUACAGACUGAAACAAAACGGAAAUAAAAAUGACAAAAACAUUUCACGUUCUAUUAUUAAUUUCAAUAUUUCAAGUGUUGAAUGUGCAAGCAAAUUUAUUGGAAAUAUUGCAAAUACAAAAUAAGUUAAAAAAAUCGUAUAAUGAUAUAGAAAAGCUGCAAGCAACAUAUAAAACCAAAUUAAAAGAAGCCAUUACUCGAGAAAAUGAAAACGCAAGUCAAGACUUAAAGAGUCAAAUUAAUGAUGAGUUAAUUAAAUGUCGCGAAGAAAAUUCAGCAUUCGAAGUGCUCAACAAGAUUUAUGCGGAACAGAUUGAAGAUCUGCAGAGAAAAACAACUAUAGAUUCAGAUGCUAUAUUAAAGGAAAAACAGCUGCUGAUUGAUGAAGGAUUGGAGACAAUUUCCAGCUAUACAACGAUUAUCAAUGAGCAGGCCAAGCAAAUUGAGCUAUUAAAAGAAGAUCUGCAAGUGAAGGACCAAAUUAUAUUCCAUCUGGAGACUAAAACAAAAGAUAUUACCGACAAAUUCAAGAACCUAGAGGAUUUGAGCACAACUUCAAUCACAGAGACCGACGAUACCAGUUGCUUGGCCUUUGGUGAUUCCAAUGAUGUGCAUUUAAUCAAGAUCGAUGAUGGCGAAGCUUUCGAAGUGCCUUGCGAAUCCCGCUUCGCUGGAAAUGGUUGGACGGUGAUACAGCGACGCCUCGAUGGGAGCGUUAAGUUCAAUCGCAACUGGUUGGAAUACAAGGAGGGCUUUGGGAAUUUGAGUGGAGAGUUUUUCAUUGGGUUGGAGAAGCUGCAUCGCAUGACAGUGGCGCGACCUCAUGAGCUUUACAUACACUUGAUCAAUUUCCAUAACGAGAGUAGCUACGCACAUUAUGAUAACAUUGUUAUCGAUGGCGAGAGCGAGCUUUAUACGCUGCGAGGGCUGGGCACAUUUGAGGGCACCGCCGGCGACUCGAUGCGCGAUAAUGAGCAGCAAAAGUUCAGCACCUACGACAGGGAUAACGAUCUAAGCGAAGCGAGCUGUGCCGUUAACUGUCUGGGCGGUUGGUGGUACAACAAAUGUGGCUCCAGUAAUUUAAAUGGUCAAUAUACCCAACAAGAUGACUAUUACGAUAAUACGGACUUUGGCAUUUAUUGGGAUGAAUGGUUGGGCCCAGGUUACACCAUGAAAGCUGUGCAAAUGUUGAUUAGACCCAAAAUUAAUACAGAAAAAUAAACAAAGUAAUUUUAUAUUUUUCUAGAAUUAAUAAAGUGUCAUUUGCAAAAUUAUCUCAUCAAAACAAAACCCGAAAUUCAUGUGACGUCGUUAUCUCAAAUAUUUGUCAGCGCACAAAAAUAAAAACUUGCUCUAUAUUUUGUGCAUUACAAUUUUCGCAAAAAUAUUUCCCCAGUCUCUCAUAUUAUUUGCCAUGUAACAAAUUGAAAUUGCCUCAAGGCACUUGAACAAAAUAAGUGCACUUUGGUGUUAUAUUAAAAUUGCGCGCUGGUUACUAGAAAAAAAUGAACAAUGUUGCUGAAAUUCCUGAUGAAACCACACACUUGGGUUUAAUUUUCGUUUAUAUAAUCAGCAAUUUCUUCUAAAAAAAUCAUAUUAGCGCUGUCGAAAAUUUUGCAUUUUUU